AGAGGUGGGAUUUCCGUUCCGUAAGUACCGUCUGGACGCGGCCACCAUCGCCGCCGCCGCUGCCAACAACGGGCAAGAGGGGGUGAGGGCUGCCGGGUAGGAGCACUAUCUCAGAUAUCACCACUGCACUGAGCAGCGUUGUGAAGAAGUUGAAAUGGGACGAAGGAAAUCGAAGCGAAAGCCUCCUACUAAGAAGAAGGUGCUUGGAACUCUAGAAACACAAUUCACGUGUCCAUUCUGUAACCAUGAAAAGUCAUGUGAUGUUAAGAUGGAUCGCGCACGGAAUACAGGAAUCAUAUCCUGCACUGUGUGUUUAGAAGAAUUCCAAACUCCAAUAACAUAUCUGUCGGAGCCAGUGGAUGUUUACAGUGAUUGGAUUGAUGCCUGUGAAGCAGCAAACCAGUAGUCUAUGCUCAACUCCCUUAGAUUUUUACUUCAAGGUGUUUUUGAGACUGCUUUUUUUGAAUGUAUAUAAUUUGAGUUCGUAUGGAAUCUGCUGUAAUCCAUUGGACUGUUCACAGCCUGUGUUAUUAAAAAGUUAGAAUUCUUCUA